AUGAGUGUGCAUAAGACCUCUGCUGUUGCGGAGCAGGAGCCAGUGGACGUCCUCAUCGCACUGCAGAAUAAGUUUGACCUCCUCGAUCUCGCCGGCCCAGUCGAGGUUCUCAAGAACGCUCUCCAUGAUUUCAAGGAUAGCAGCUCCAAUGCAUUUGAGAUCACCGUUGCUGGUGCGGAGCCCAAGGUGCUCUCCGACCAGGGCGUCGUGGUUGACUCCCAAAUCACCUUCAAGGAUGCCCAUGAGCGUCUUGAGGACUUUGACAUCCUCAUCAUUCUUGGAGGCAACUCCGAGGAGAUCCUUGCGAAGGAAGCCGAACCCCUCGGCCUCAUCAAUGACUUCUCUGAGCUGCAGAAGAAGGAUCCCGCCAGGGAGCGAACCAUCCUCUCCAUUUGCACCGGCUCUCUCUUCCUCGCCCGCGAGGGUAUCCUCUCUGGCCUCGCUGCCACCACCCACCCCGACUAUAUAACCAAGUUCGAGAAUAUCUGCAGUGACGCUGCUACUCGCAACCUCCAAGAGCGAACUGACGUCAUUGAGGACGCUCGCUAUGUUGUUAACAAUCUCAGAUUUGACUUGGGUGACGAGGAUGAGAAUCCAUACAUCCGUCGCAAAAGUGUCGACAAUGGACGCCGGCCAUCGAAUGCUCGAAAGGGUAGCACCUCUUUCAAGGGCUCGAACUCCCGCCGUGAAUCCAUUGUUCGCCGCGCAGCCAUGCGCCUUGGCGGACUCCGGGUCAUCACGUCUGGGGGAAACAGCGCUGGCAUUGACGCAGCUUUGUACCUUGUCAGCGCUAUGGUUGAUGAUGAAUGUGCGGUGGAGGUGGCCAGGAUCAUGCAGUGGUCCUGGAACAAGGGCAUCGUCGUUGAUGGUCUCGACGUUUAA